CAUCGACGGUGAACGAAAGGCGAAGGCGCGGAAAAGCGCGUGGAAAACCAAUGAAAAGUUUGAUGGAAAUGUGAGGCCCAAAUACGUGAGGUGCGACAUUUUCCGGACCAGUGUGCGUGUGCCUGUGUGUGUGCGAGUUUGUAAGGCAAAAGUGUAGAUUGCCCAUAGAUCAAAGCUCGCAAAGCAAACAGAGUGCGAACUGAUAGGACGCAAAGUAAACCCGAUAAAGUGGUAGAAAAAGGAGUUAAUAGAGGUGCGAAGGAGCUAAGAGAAGUAAGCCAGCAACACUAAAAGGAGACCGCGAAUCGAGUGGGUCAUCGCAAAAUGUUGACCCUGUGGACGGCACUUUUCUGCUGCCUGACGGGGCUGGCCGUUUGCUACCAGCGGCAAUCGGUGAGCAACAACAACCACAACAACGCCGAGGCGAAGCCCACCCACACGCCCCCCUCGCAUUAUCCUCACGGCCACAAGUGGAACGAGCCGUACUUUGAUCUCACGAUGCCGAGGAACAUCACAUCGCUCGUGGGCAAAUCCGCAUAUCUCGGCUGUCGUGUCAAGCAUCUGGGCAAUAAGACGGUUGCCUGGAUCCGACAUCGGGACCUGCACAUCCUGACCGUGGGCACCUACACCUAUACGACGGAUCAGCGGUUCCAGACAUCCUAUCAUCGGGACAUUGACGAGUGGACCUUGCAGAUCAAGUGGGCCCAGCAGAGGGAUGCCGGGGUGUACGAGUGCCAAAUCUCCACUCAGCCAGUGCGAAGUUAUUCGGUCAACCUGAACAUUGUGGAUUUGAUUGACGCCGAGACCAGCGACAUGAUGCAGCAGUACUAUAACGACGACGCCUUCUAUAUAUCCGAGAAUCGGGUGUAUCAGUCCAGCAAUGACGAGUUCGCCGGGAUGUUCGGACCGAUUCAGACAGUCGCCGUGCCCACGGCGACUAUUUUGGGAGGACCCGACUUGUAUGUGGACAAGGGCAGCACCAUAAAUCUCACUUGCAUCAUCAAGUUCAGCCCCGAGCCGCCGACCCAUAUCUUCUGGUAUCAUCAGGACAAGGUGCUUAGCGAGGAGACUUCGGGUGGACGGCUGAAGUUCAAGACCAUCAAGUCGGAGGAGACCAAAUCCAUUUUGCUCAUUUACGAUGCGGAUCUCCUGCACUCUGGGAAAUACUCGUGUUAUCCUUCAAACACGGAGAUAGCCAGCAUACGCGUUCACGUCCUUCAGGGCGAGCGUCCCGAGGCGAUGCAAACGAACGCGGCGCCGGCGGCCGUCGGCGUGGCCAGUUGGUCCUGUCAGGCGGUCAGGGUAAUUAGCACAAUGGUGGCGGCACUUGUAUUGUUGGAGGCCUGCUCCACGCUGCUCCUGCAGGGGACAGGAGGUCCUAGCGGAGGACCCCCGCCAGCCAAGGAGCGAAGGGAGAGAGAGCCGCUUCCGAGAUUCCCCGCCGGGCAGAAGGAAACCUCGACGACGUCCGAGGAGCACGUCAAUAAUGGCAGCCGGAAUGCACGGUGAUAAAUUAACGUCGCCCAGUUGGAAUUCCACCGCCAAUGCAGCCACCCAAAUGCAGCAGAAAUGAUUUAUAGUAGAAGUUUACGGGAGCAGCAGGAUGCAGGAGCAUCUGAGGUCCUUCCACUCGAGCUGCAUGUAAUACCUUUCUGAAAAACCAACUAAUUAUGCUAAUGAUGGAAGACGCCGUGCUCCUGAGUUUCUCCUUCUCCUUCGCAAGUUGUAAGUAAGUGUGUUUCUAAUUAAGUGGGCUGGGGAUUAGUUAGUUAGGCGGAAAUCAGAGCCAUGUACAUAAACUUCUCACGUAAAUUGCCAGCACACUAGCGAACUUAGCUAAAUGGAAAGCAUUUCGAACGAAUCAUCAAAUUAGUGAACUAUAUUCAAGUGGUUUGCUUAUAGAGCCACGCCUAGGUGUUUAAUGAAAUACUAAAGUAAAUAAAAAGGAAAAACGGGGUGUUUUGUAAACAGCAGAGAUUCAAAAACAGUAACUGGGGUGUUUCUUAAGAACCCAAACCCAAGGUUAAAUAUAAUUUGUUCUAUAAGUGUAAGCAAAGAAAUUUAAUUUGUAAAUAGUAAAGCACCUCAACUACUGGUUUUGAAUCUCCACAGAUUUCCAAAACAUCCUUUACUAGAAUGUUAAGAAUUUACGUAGCGAAAGUUUACUCAGAUCGUUGUAAAUACUAAUGGGAUUCGUUCUUGAUUUGUGUGUUGUCCUCGGAUUACCCUGUAUAGCCUAGAGUUUAAGCAAUGUACAUACUUAGAAAUACGGAAUAGCUAACUGUUUUGACACGAACUUCUUCGAAGGUUCCUAAACUAAUUUUUGAACAAAUUUACAUGUCCACUUCUCUCCCCACCCACAAAACUAAAAAGAAAUAUAACAAUCGAUGGAAACUCGGGGAAUGCUUGGGAAAUUCCUGCCGAAAACCCGCCUCAGUUUGAAGUGCGACUUUCCGGGCUAACAAUUUAUUUAGAAGAAUUUCUCCAAGUCAUGAGGGCAGUUCCUGUGCCCAUUUAACAACUGCUGGCAAUGGGUUCAUUGCUCUCCGAGUCCAGUGAAAUUUAGAGCUCCCAUUUCACCGUGUCCGGUUGCAUUUCCACUUUUCCCCUCCGGAAAAAGGGGAAAGACACAACUGGCAAGUCACUUUUCACUCUUGUCAACAAAAUAUUUGCAUUUCCAUUUGCCAAGCCGGUCGAAUGUGUUCAGGUUGGGUUUGUCUCGAAGGACAUUGUCCGGGAAAACCGAACCGGAGUGGCGGAGUGGCGAAGUGGCGGAGCGGUGGAGCAGCGGAGGCUCCUCCAUCCUGUGCCACAUUUAAAAAUGUAUGGGACAUUGGGAACCCAUGGCCCGUAAACGGGGCUGAGUUUAACUGAUCAAAAUUGUAAAUAAACCUGCAUAUAUACCAUAUGAAUAAACUAUAAACUGUACUCAAGUAUUUGUGUGGUAGUCGUACAUUACAUAUAAACACAAACACACACAAGCACACACACAUAUAAGAAUGCACACACUCGCGAAUCGGUCAUAUAUACAUAUAUGUGGAUUUAUAUACGUACAUGGAUGUAUCGAUAUUAAAAAUGUAAACCCAACGCAUGCAAAAUUAGUCGCGACAUGUAAAUGAAUGUUUAAUGGGUAAAUUAAUGUUGCCAUAAAACGGGACAGAGUAAAAAACCAUGAAUAUAAUUGCAAUUAAGCAAAUAAAAUAAUAUAUGUUAUAAGCAUAAUAAGGGGAAAAAUAGCGAGUAUUAUGACAGAAGCCGUAAAGCAGAAAGUUUAAAGCGCAAACAAAAACAAACUCUGUUGACUUUUGUUGCAAACAAAACGAGAACGGCAGCGCAUUAUACAGAUUAUGAAAUUGUUUUUAAUUUUUAAGCGAGUAGAGGACAAGUAAAUAUGGAAAUCGGAAUGAAAAAUUUCAAUAAAGUUUUUUGGUUACUA